AAUAACACAGCUGUCUGAGUACAGGAAACACGACAGAACAAUUGGAAACCGUCUUUCCUCCUUUGCUCUUCCUCCCCAAAAAUAAAGGAGAAAAAUGGAUUUUACAAGGGUGUUACCGGAAGAGUGCUUGUGUCUGAUCAUAUCAUUGACGUCGCCUCGAGACGCAUGUCGAUCGGCCCUUGUUUCUCCUGCCAUGAGAUCAGUUGCAGACUCUGAUGCUGUGUGGGAGAGGUCUCUGCCUUGUGAUUAUAAGGAAAUCAUUUCCGGGUCAUCAUCAUCAUCAUCGUCGUUGCUUUCAUUGCCAAAGAAGGAUCUUUAUUUUCGUCUCUCCCUUCAUCCCCUUCUCCUUGAAAAUGGUAGCAAGAGCUUUCAGCUGGAGAAAGAGACUGGAAAAAAAUGCUAUAUGUUAGGAGCAAGAGCGCUUUCAAUUAUAUGGGAAGAUGAACCUGAGUAUUGGGGGUGGACAUCUAUACCAGAGUCUAGGUUCUCUGAAGUUGCGAAGCUCGAGAUAGUCUGGUGGCUCGAGGUCAAGGGAAAGAUUAAGACCAGAAUUUUAUCUUCCAGAACAAGCUAUGCAGCAUACCUUGUGUUUAAGUUCGAUGAUGAGUAUAGAUAUGGGUUUAGAAACAGAAGUGUAAGCUUGUGUGUCAAUGUCCAAGGAGGCGCUUCAGGGGAAGUGCGGGACGUGUUGCUAGACCCUUCAGAAAAUAUGCCCCGACAAGCUCGAGAGAGAGGAAAUGGCUGGAUGGAGAUUGAAAUGGGUGAGUUCUGGAAUGAAUGUGGAGAUGAUGGGACAGUGGAGUGUAUCCUAUGGGAAGUUAAUACUGCUUACCGUAAGGAAGGCCUCAUUAUUGAAGGAAUUGAGCUGAGGCCUAAAGAUAUUGGUAGCUAGACAGCAAUGCCUACAAUAUUAGAUUGUGCUUUCCUUUCUUUUUGGUCAGGAUUUUGAAUAUUUAAGUGUUUUGUAUUUAAAGGGGGGACAAAAAGAGGCUUGCAGUCUUGCACAUUGCAUGUUAAUAUUUUGCCCCCAAAGGCAGACUGUGUUCCAAACAAUCAAUGGGGCUGUAUUUUUUCAAAGUUUAAUAAUGAAAUGAUCUGUGACCACUUCUAUUGCAGAACUAA